CGCGCAGCCAUGGCCAGCGGGGGCCUGCAGCUCCUGGGCUUCGUGCUCGCCUUCCUCGGCUGGAUCGGCAUCAUCAUCAGCACGGCCAUGCCCCAGUGGAAGAUGGCAUCUUACGCGGGGGACAACAUCGUGACGGCCCAGGCGCUCUACGAGGGGCUCUGGAUGUCGUGCGCCAUGCAGAGCACGGGGCAGAUCCAGUGCAAGGUGUACGACUCGCUGCUCAAGCUGGAGAGCAGUCUUCAGGCCACUCGGGCAUUGAUGGUGGCUGCAAUUCUCCUGGGCCUUGUUGCCAUAUUUACUGCUGUGACCGGCAUGAAAUGCAUGAAGUGCAUGGAAGAGGACCAGGUGAAAAAGAUGCGCAUGGCUGUCUUUGGUGGAGUGAUUUUCAUCAUUGCAGGAAUGGCAGCGCUGGUGGCCACGUCAUGGUAUGGCAACAGAGUGGCUCGGGCCUUCUAUGACCCUUUCACCCCUGUCAACACCAGGUUUGAAUUUGGAUCAGCCCUCUUCAUUGGCUGGGCAGCUGCUUCUCUGGCCAUACUGGGGGGAGCCUUCCUGUGCUGCUCCUGCCCCCGGCAAGAAACCUCCUAUCCACCCACCCGAGGCUAUCCCAAAAAUGCCCCCUCCACAGGGAAGGAUUAUGUAUAAUGAAACGAAGAAGAGGAGCCAUGAGCACUGGUAGUGAAGAAGCCUCUGGAGAGGACACUACAAUGCUACUGUCCUGAACAGAGCUGAGACUUCCCAAGUUCUGCCUUCCUCUUCCCCCCCUCUAAAUGUGUAUAUUUUUGUAUCCUCUUUGCUACAGGACAUAACUUCUCUUUUUUUCUCCCAGCCCGUGGAGGAAGGCUAGCCUAGGCUCAUGCCUCUUGUCACUGGAAAGAUGAAGCCUCUGAGCUUGGGUUAACUUCAGUAUUUGGGAGUAAAAGGGAAAAUGAUGCUGUUUUUAGAUGGAUGUUGGUGCUUUUUUUAGUAUUUUUGUUUGUUUUUUUGUUUUUUAAUUAGAUGGUAACAAUUCAGUCUUAAUACCCAUUAAGUUAGAGCCCAUUAUGGGGGGUGCAUAGGAAUUAAAAACACUUAUGAGUGCAAAGUCAUAAAACCAAUGCUAAGGGGAUACAUGGUUUUAGGGCAAAGACUUUACAUGUAGGAAUGCUUGAGGAUUCUACAGUGCUCUUUUACUCUCAUUGGCACUCUUAUCUCUACACAGAUUGGCAGGAUUUAAGGCAACUAAAACAGUUGUCCACGUGCAUGUUGCUGACCAACAGAAGAUACAGUGUAAUGUGACUUGGCUUAAUGCCAUGUCACUCUUACUGAGAUCUGGUAAACUGAUUGUGAACUCCCAAAGAAACUGCAGGCUUUCUGGCUGUCCAGGAAGCUAGUGAAAAAAGGAUUUCUUUCCACUUUUCCUGGCUGAGCACUGCCAUUGGUUGUUUCUGAUACUCCAGCCCUAAAAAUCUAACUUAAAUCUCCAAUUUUUCCCUUGUGUUACAAGGUACCUCUAACAAACUCCCCUUUCUUGGAGUUGCUUCACUAAAGUGCUGGCUUGUACUUUCUACCUCUUGGUUUUGUCAGAUGUGUGAUGUUCUCCUUUGAAGUCUCUUUCUCCAUGUCUUGUGUCCUGGUGAUCCUGCACCUAUUGACAUGUUCCAAAGAUGGCCAGGACUUCCCCACCUCUUCAGUUUCAGGCCAGUGUCUCUGCUGCAGCCUGGAGGGAUUAAGAAAUGCCCCAUUUUUUUUUCCAUGAAUGCUCUCCACAUGGAGCACAGACACGUAGACGUGCUUUACUGCUAUACACAAUUCCCUAUUCAAACUGCUGUUCUUCUAUUUCAGACUUUUCUUGAAACUACUUAACCUCUGCCUUCUCCCUCCCUCACACAUACCAGAUCUAUUAACUUAGUUUCUCUUGGUUGUUCAUGCAUUUAAAUCCUAGGCUAGUGUCUGGAUUGACUUUCAUGUAUCUGUCCUCAAGCCUGCAGUUUUAAUUUGGAAUGUUAUGAGUUACUGGUCUGUUUGCCUUACACAGCUAAACGUUAAAACAAACAAUGCUUUGCCAACCCUUGAUGUUUUCCCAAGGAUACCUCAGAUAAUGUCAUUUGCUUCUGUCUUUUUUUAUCUUCUAAGCAUUUUCAGUGAUGAGAUAUGAAGGCAUAUUUCAAGAAAACUGACUUAAGGUUUUAGCAUCUUUUUAAUCCAAGCUCAAAGAGGAAGAAACCCAGCUUUUUAAAGAUAUCAUUACAUAUAAAGUCAUAUAUGAAAAAAGCAGUUAGUAGAAGGUUCCAACCCCUUCCUCUGAAACACCCCAUUUUCAGUGUUUUUAACAAACUGAAUGAGGUUGGCUAGAGUUUAAAUUUUGUAAUUCCUAGAAGGAUGGUGUCAACUCUGUAAAGCUCAAAUGUACUGUUCCUAAGGAAGAAAGUUGGUAGCUUCUGUCCAGGCUUGUAAUUGUGUACAUGUUCAGAGGCAUCUGUUCAGAGGCAUCAGUCUUUGAUUUUAUUUCUGCAGAUAGGGAGAGCCGCAGGCUGAGGGAGCUGUGUACAACCAUGGUGUUAGUGGUUUAUGUGUAAGCCUUGUACCUCUGUUUGACCUCGCUCUCUGCAACAUGAAUCAAAGUUACUAAAAGAAACCAACCAAAGCAUCUGCUUUUGGCUUGAGUGGAUGUUGGCCUGUGUUUGGAGAUGGCUCCUGCAGCUUCCCUUGCUCCACGUGGAGCUGCCUGUGCACGACGGCUGCCUCGUGUGACCUCGUCUCGAAGUGGCAGCUCAGGUCGUCUCAGACAACGGU